CUCCAGAGAAUAACCCAAAACUCAACUAAGUUAUAUUCACACCUACAAAAAAGAUAGAGAGAGAAACCUCAGAUCACUGUCUUUUGUCUUGUGCUUAUAACCUCAUACACAUCGCAGACACACAAACUUAUGUUCAAACCCAGAAAAAAAAAAGGUUUUCUUUUCCUGAUUUUAUGAUGAUACAUCUAUAAAGGACCUCAAAGAUUCGAUCUUUUUUCCUAGUUCUUUAUCCUUUACAUGGAGAAGAAGAGAGAUCAGGAUCAUCAUCAUCAUCAUCAUCAUCAUAAUCAGAAUCAGCAUCAGCUUCGGGAGAUCAGUAGUAGCAGUAGCGACAUCAACCAGGUCACAGCCACGAAGAUCGAACAUAAUCAUCAUCGCUGUCAGAUUCAGACACCAUCAGAAGCCACGAUCUCGAACAUGGCGAAUAACCUGUUGUACUCUUCGUCAGAUCAUGAAGUAGCGGCUAAUAUGGGUUUGUCGAGCAUCUUCUUCGAUACGGCAUCGUAUUUGUAUUCCUAUUCCGACGAUGUCCUCCACUCUUCCAACAAUUCUAAUUCCUUCAUGGAUUUGCUUCGACAAGAUCACCACCACUUUUCUUCUUCCUCCUCCUCUUCUUCUUCUUUAUUCGAUUCUCUCGCUUUCCACAACAGCAACCCCUUUAUUACGGAUUUGCCCCUCUAUCAGCCACACCCGUCUCAGGGUCCGGCGGCGUCUCCUGCGUCCACGGUGGCGACGGCGGCAGAGUCUCCGGAGGUCUUGAAAGUUACUGCCCCAGCGUCGCCUCACUCUUCAUCGGUGUCGUCUUCGUCGAACGAAGCUGGAAAUGACAAUAAUGCUACGAAAGCCAGUGGGAGUGUUAUAGAUCAGGAGGAACAAGAUCAACAGGAACAGAAGGGUACGAAGCAACAGUUAAAGGCGAAGAAGAAGAGCCAGAAACGAUUGAGAGAGCCGAGGUUUGCGUUCCUAACGAAGAGCGACAUCGAUCACCUUGACGAUGGUUACAGGUGGAGAAAAUAUGGCCAAAAGGCUGUGAAAAAUAGCCCUUAUCCCAGGAGCUACUACCGUUGCACGACGGCAGGUUGCGGCGUGAAGAAGAGGGUGGAGAGAUCCUCCGAGGAUACUUCCAUCGUCAUGACAACGUACGAGGGCCAACACAGUCACCCUUUCCCCAUAACUCCACGUGGGCACAUCGGCUUGCUGACAUCACCUUCCGACAUGUCCGCCGCCUCAUCCUUCAUGGCUCAGCAGCCUCGGUACAUGCUGACUCAGCAUCAGGAGCUCAUGUUGCAGCCGUACAUGACUACUGCUGCUACUACGUACGGGAAUAACCCUCUAAGCAUCAUCAACGAUAUAAGUUCCGCCGAUCCAAGUCGCAGAUUCGUAAAUACGGGGUUUAGUUUACAAGAAGAGAGACGUUUCGGUGUUGCUGAGAACAUUUCUCGAGCUUCUUCGUCUUCGUCUUCGGUCAGGGAUCAAGGAUUGCUUCAAGAUAUCAUUCCAUCUCCGAUCAGAUCCGAUAACCUAACAAAAGAAGUGGAGAAGAAAUGAUGAAGACCAUUUUCUUUUUUGGCUUCUCCGAUUAAUGGUAUUGGUACGUAUUGUGUUCCUUUCAAUACUUUUAGCAUCGGCUAUUGGACCGUCGUUUCUAAUCGCCGACGUUCACUCCCGCGGGAGUUUUUAUUAACUCGGAAUAUAUGUAACUUCUCCUAUAGUUUUUUUUAUAUUAGAUUAAUCGGUGUAUGUUUUUUUUUUUGUAAGAUUAUGGUGGCAGUUCAUGGAUUUAAUACGUGUCUA